GAACUUGGUUGUCCUAGGCGCGCACCCGCCCGCGGUCGGCUACCCGGGGUCUAGAAGGGAGGCUGCGCCCCAUUGCGCUGUUUGGGGCUCGGUGAGCCGAGAGGGGAGGGAGGAGGGAGGCCUGCGAGGCCUUCCCCGCGGCGUGCUUGCGCUCGCUCGCUCGCGCGGGCUCAGGGCUGGCGCGGGAGGCGGAGGCGGGCGGCGGCGGCGCCUGCGCGGUCGGGCUCGGUCGGCAGUUCGCAGGGGAGGAGGCGGCGGGAGGCGGAGGAGGCGGCGGCGGUGAUGGAGGUGAAGCGGCUGAAAGUGACCGAGCUGCGGUCGGAACUGCAGCGGCGGGGCCUGGAUUCGCGCGGCCUCAAGAUGGAUCUGGCGCAGCGGCUGCAGGAGGCGCUGGAUGCUGAGAUGCUCGAGGACGAGGCCGGCGUUGGCGGGGCCGGGCCCGGUGGGGCCUGCAAGGCGGAGCCUCGGCCUGUGGCCGCGUCGGGCGGAGGCCCGGGCGGGGACGACGACGACGAGGAGGACGAGGAGGAGGACGAGGAGGAGGACGAGGAGGCGCUGCUUGAGGACGAAGACGAAGAGCCACCUCCUACCCAGGCUUCGCGCCAGGCCGCGCAGCCACCUCCCGAGCCCCCGGAGGCGGCGGCCAUGGAGGCCGCGGCCGAGCCCGAUGCUUCCGACCAGCCGGCGGAGGCCGUGGCCGGGUCAGGUGGAGUAAAUGGUGGUGAAGAACAGGGCCCCGGCAAGGGGGAGGAAGACGAGCCAGAGGAGCGGAGCGGAGACGAGACGCCGGGAUCCGAGGCCCAGGGUGACAAGGCCGCCGAGGAGCAAGGAGAUGACCAAGAUAGUGAAAAGUCAAAACCAGCAGGCUCAGAUGGUGAGCGGCGGGGGGUAAAGAGACAGCGGGAUGAGAAGGAUGAACAUGGCCGAGCUUACUAUGAAUUCCGAGAGGAGGCUUACCACAGCCGCUCAAAGUCUCCACCACCUCCAGAAGAAGAAGCAAAAGAUGAAGAGGAGGAUCAAACUCUUGUUAACCUGGACACGUAUUCCUCAGAUCUCCAUUUUCAAGUGAGCAAAGACCGCUAUGGAGGCCAGCCACUUUUAUCAGAGAAAUUCCCUACCCUUUGGUCUGGUGCAAGGAGUACUUAUGGAGUGACAAAGGGAAAAGUAUGCUUUGAGGCCAAGGUAACCCAGAAUCUCCCAAUGAAAGAAGGCUGCACAGAGGUUGCUCUCCUGCGAGUUGGGUGGUCUGUUGAUUUUUCCUGUCCCCAGCUUGGUGAAGAUGAAUUCUCUUAUGGUUUUGAUGGAAGAGGACUCAAGGCAGAAAAUGGGCAGUUUGAGGAAUUUGGUCAGACUUUUGGGGAGAAUGAUGUCAUUGGCUGCUUUGCUAAUUUUGAGACUGAAGAAGUCGAACUUUCCUUCUCUAAGAAUGGAGAAGACCUAGGUGUGGCAUUCCGAAUCAACAAGGAAUCCCUGGCAGACCGGGCUCUUCUGCCCCAUGUCCUCUGCAAAAAUUGUGUUGUAGAAUUAAACUUUGGUCAGAAGGAGGAGCCCUUUUUCCCACCACCAGAAGAGUUUGUGUUCAUCCAUGCUGUGCCUGUUGAGGAACGUGUGCGUACUGCAGUCCCUCCCAAGACCAUAGAGGAGUGUGAGGUGAUUCUGAUGGUGGGACUACCUGGAUCUGGAAAGACCCAGUGGGCAUUAAAAUAUGCAAAAGAAAACCCUGAGAAAAGAUACAAUGUCCUGGGAGCUGAGGCUGUGCUCAAUCAAAUGAGGACGAAGGGGCUUGAGGAGCCAGAGAUGGACCCCAAAAGCCGUGAUCUUUUAGUUCAGCAAGCCUCCCAGUGCCUUAGUAAGCUGGUCCAGAUUGCUUCCCGGUCAAAGAGGAACUUCAUUCUUGAUCAGUGUAAUGUGUACAACUCUGGCCAACGGCGGAAGCUAUUGCUGUUCAAGACGUUUUCCCGGAAAGUAGUGGUAGUUGUCCCUAAUGAGGAAGAUUGGAAGAAGAGGCUGGAGUUGAGGAAAGAAGUGGAGGGAGAUGAUGUGCCUGAGUCAAUAAUGCUGGAGAUGAAAGCCAACUUCUCUCUGCCUGAGAAGUGCGACUACAUGGAUGAGGUGACGUAUGGGGAGCUGGAAAAGGAGGAGGCUCAGCCCCUUGUCACCAAGUACAAGGAGGAAGCCAGGAAGCUGCUGCCCCCCUCGGAGAAGCGGACAAACCGCCGAAACAACAGGAACAAGCGCAACCGGCAGAACCGAAGCCGAGGCCAGGGCUAUGUGGGCGGGCAGCGCCGAGGCUACGACAACCGGGCCUACGGGCAGCAGUACUGGGGGCAGUCUGGAAACAGAGGGGGCUACCGUAAUUUCUAUGACCGAUACAGGGGAGACUAUGAUCGAUUCUACGGGCGAGAUUAUGAGUACAACAGAUACAGAGAUUAUUACCGACAGUACAACCGGGAUUGGCAGAAUUACUACUACCACCACCCGCAGGACAGAGACCGAUACUACAGGAACUACUACGGCUACCAAGGCUAUCGGUGAAGCCUCUGCCGUUGUCGCCUGUCAGCCAUGAAGCUGAGUCUCUGGGGGUGCCAAGCACCCCUCAAAACACAACCAAGGAAAACAGGGGCUGUCGGGGUGGGGCUGAGCUGCUGGGGAGGGGUGGUUGGGGGGAAAAACGGAAACAAACAACAAAACUGUACAUUUUUUUUAAAGUUUGUUGAAAAGAAUAUUGUCUUAUUCUAUAAAACAUUUCAAACCUAGUUAGGUAUUUGUAAUCAAAAAACAUUUGCGCAGAAAGCAGCACUUAGGGCUGCCUGUUCUGUACCCUGCAGUUGACAGGAAAGGAUCUGAGAAUGUUACCCUUUGAUGUUCUAAGGCAGCUGGACUGGUAGCCCAGUGAGGGAGCGUGGCGUGGGGAAAGGGGAGCAGCAUGAGAGUACUCUCCAUAGCAGGUAGGAGCAGGCAGGGGUGGGGACAGGGAGCGCUUGUGACCCGGGCAGUGAAAAUAAACGAUUGGCUCUUAUCAAUCACUUGCACCAACUAACGGUUUGUAUUUUCUUUACCGACCUUUCCCUCUUGGGAUAUUUGGUCUGUUAGGCUGGGAGGUCAAAAUAUCCCAAUGUCCACCUCGCUGUGCCUUUGUGCUAUCUGGCUAAUGCACAGAGACCACUAGUUGGGUGGUUCUGAUACAUAGGAUUCCCAGGCCAGGGAGGUAUGAGGACUGUUGUGAACUGCAGAGCAGAAUCGCUUGCCCCCUCUAUAUACUUAGUAAUUCCCAUAAACUUGGGGAGAGUAGGAUCGCAGCCCUCAGUCUGAAGAUUGUGAUUUGCCAGUCCCUAGUCUCUGUCUUCCAAGUUGAGAGAGGCGAGAAGUCUCUGAAAUCAUCUGCUAAGAGGGUCUGUCUCUUACAGUGUGAGGGAAGGAACGAUUCUCAGGGUUUCAGCUCACAGAAAUGCAGCAGGACGCUGUUCACUGCGUCAGGAUAUGUAUAUAGGUGAAUCCUGUGGUGUGGGCUGCCAGGCCCAGGUGCUGAGCAUAGCAAACUAUUUUAUACAGUGUGGGGAUCUGCCCUGCUGGGUUUUUUUGAUACACAGGUAGAGUGAUUAGAAAAGGGGGUGGGGGGUGGGAGGCAGCUCUGUGGGGCUGCUGAAACUUGGGAAGAGUGUGUGAAUGUGUGUGCAUGUGUGUGUGAGAGGGAGCACCCCUUCCCAACUUGUUGAAACAGGAUUCCUUCUGGGGUGCUUCACUGCAUGUCCCCUGAGAGGCCUCUAGCCAAGAGACUUCAUUUGGGAUCAUUGAGCUAGUAAUGUUACCAACACCCUCCCAGUUCUUGACAAAACAGCUGCAUGGUACUAAGUUCAAGAAUGUGGGUAUGCCAGGCGUGGUGGCGCACGUCUUUGAUCCUAGCACUCGGGAGACAGAGGCAGGUGGAUCUCUGAGUUCAAGGCCAGCCUGGUCUACAUAGUUCCAGGACAACUGGGGCUACAGGGAGACCCUGUCUCAAAAAGACCAAAAAAAAAGAUUAUGGGUAUUACAGGGGAGAGCUCUGUGAGUGUUCAGUUUUAUUUCCAUCGUCAUCUUGCUUAACAUUGUGUUAUCAGAGUUCAGCAACACCGCACUCCAGCACUUCCUAGUGAACACUCUCUCACCUGAGCAGUUCUCCUUUAAAAUUUUGUGCUGAGGUUUGAUCUUUCCCUCUCCCAGUAGCCUUGCUGUGCAGUGCUUCUCUAGAUAUGCAAACCCUCCUUUCGACCCUCUGGUCUGUUAGGACACACCCUCCUACUCAAGCACCUUCCCCCCUCCUCCCCAGGUUGGAACAGGGGCUGGUAGGAGAUAAGUUUGCUUGCUCAUAGUAAUGUGUCUUCUCUUGCACCUGCCCCUUGUGGUGGUGCCAUCAAAUGGCUUGUGUGUGGCAGUGGGUGCAGUGAUUGCAUGAAUCUUCUAUAGCUCACUAACAUUGUUAAGGCAGUUUAAGAAAGCUGUGUUCAUAAUGUCAGGGCAAAAAGGUAAAAAACUGAAGCCCAAAGAAAUUUCCUUAGGAUAAGAUUAUGUUAUAAUAGAAAAGCAAGUCUCCUGAGGCAGAGGGUCCCUCCUUUCUUCCCCUCUCAUGUUCAGUCCUCCAGAAAAUCUUUUUAUAAUUUGUGACAUAGAUUGUGGAUGGUCGGGCCCUUAGUCAGGGGCAUGAGCAUGACAUAGGUUUGGGGAAGCAGUGCUUUGAGAGUAUACUUGCUAUUGAUUUUUAACACUAGAAGGAUCAUCUUUUUAAAACUGCUCGCUUUGGCAGCAUGUGUACUAAAAUUGGAACCAUACAGAGAAGAUUAGCAUGGCCCCUGCACAAGGAUGACACGCAAAUUCAUGAAGUGUUCCAUAUUUUUAAAAAACCAAAAAAAAAAAAAAAACAUAUAUGUAGAGAGAUGCUGUUUUUUUCUAGGUGAGUGGAGAAUAAAACUGCCGCGUCCUUGUUGGUUCUGGCCCAGAAGUCUCUUGCAGCAACAGUGGAUGUCUGAGUUUUGUUUCUGUCUUGUGUUUUAAUCACAAAAAAAAAUGUUACAGUGUGGGGGGGUGAAUUAUGGUAACAGGAGGGCUCCCCUGGCUUUGUUUCCUUAGAAGACUUGUUUAGUGUUUUAUCAGAUGUCUGUUGUAGUUGUAGAUGGAAAAACUUGUGAGAAAAACAAACACCACAUGGAGCCUGUAAAUGUUUUUGCACAACCUGUAAAGCAUUCUUGGAAGUGGCCAGUAAAAAAGGGUUUACCAUUUUAAAAAA